AUGGCGACGACUUCCCGCCGGUUAACCACCGGCUUGAUCGCUUCGAUCAGCUCGGUCCAAUCGCAUUCCGCGAACCGACCUCAAUCCGUCUCCCUAAUCCGUCGAAAUCACAUCAAUCGUCGUCUACCGUCGAUCGCUCGAACUUCAACGCGGUGGUUAAUCGAAGCGGUUCCACCGGCGAGAUCCUGGGAUGGAUCUGAUGACGGAGUCGAGGCGGAGAUUAAAAAGCCAGGCGUGUGCGGUUACGCGAUCAGCGAAAACGAGAUCGAAGGGAGCGGCGAUGAUCACGUGGUCGACGGAGAGCAUGCAAAGACGAUGGAGAUAGUGAUUUGGGCGGCGGCUACGGCGGCGUUGGGCGUCGGAAACCGCGUAAUGUACAAGCUCGCGCUAGUUCCACUCAAGCACUACCCAUUCUUCCUUGCGCAGCUCUCCACUUUCGGGUACGUAGCUGUAUAUUAUACAAUCUUGUAUUUUCGAUAUCGUGCUGGAACUGUUACAGAUGCGAUGCUCUCGGUGCCUAAAACGCCGUUUUUAAUCGUUGGCGUUUUGGAGGCUUUAGCUGCAGCUGCUGGGAUGGCAGCCGCAGCAAAUCUCUCGGGGCCAUCUACUACAGUUAUAUCUCAGACAUUUCUUGUCUGGCAAAUUUUCUUCUCCGUUAUUUUUCUCGGGAGGAGAUAUAGCAUAAAUCAAAUACUCGGAUGCACUCUCGUAGCUCUUGGUGUAAUCGUCAGUGUGGCUAGUGGAUCAGGUGCUGCUCACUCGUUAAAAGAAGCCGGAUUAUUUUGGAUUCUUCUAAUGGUCGUUUCUUUCCUGCUUCAAGGUGCAGAUACAGUCUUAAAGGAAGUCAUCUUUAUAGACAGCCAAAAACGACUAAAGGGUGCUUCACUCGAUCUGUUUAUAGUAAAUUCAUACGGUUCAGCUUACCAAGCCGUCUGCAUCGCAUUGCUUCUUCCAUUUCUUUCAAAACUUUGGGGAAUACCGUUUAACCAACUCGGAAGCUACCUCAAAGAUGGAGCGGUUUGCUUUCUCAAUAUCGGGACAAUGACAAAAGGAUGUGAUGGGGCUCCGUUUCUGCCUCUAUUGUUUGUGAUAGUAAACAUUGGCUACAACAUUGCGCUUCUAAGACUCCUCAAGAUUUCAUCGGCGGUGGUCUCGUGUCUUGCAUCGACAGUGUCAGUGCCAAUUGCAGUGUUCUUGUUCACAUUGCCAUUGCCUUACCUUGGAGUCGCAUCAUCACUUCCAAAAGGGUUCAUGGGAGGAACAAUCAUACUUGUUUUGGGAAUGCUUCUUUACAGUUGGUCACCACAAGGAACUAAUACUGAUACAGUCAUUCCUUCACCUCCUCCCACUUAA